CCUGCAUCCGGUCGCCGCGGGCGUCGGCAGAGCAGCUCACGCUCCGCGCCUCGCUUCGCGACGCGGCCCCCGCACUUGCUGGAAUUUUCAAGUCACAUUCAGUUGAUAGGAUGAAAAAAUUCAAGAGAAGGCUAUCCCUCACUCUUCGAGGAAGCCAAACUAUUGAUGAAUCAUUGUCUGAAUUGGCGGAACAAAUGACUAUUGAAGAAAAUAGCAGCAAGGAUAAUGAGCCUAUUGUGAAGAAUGGCAGGCCUCCAACCUCUCACAGUAUGCAUUCCUUCCUCCACCAGUACACAGGAUCCUUCAAGAAGCCCCCGUUGCGGAGACCACAUAGUGUUAUUGGAGGAAGCCUUGGAUCCUUCAUGGCAAUGCCCAGAAAUGGAAGCCGACUAGAUAUUGUUCAUGAAAAUCUAAAAAUGGGAUCAGAUGGUGAGAGUGACCAAGCUUCUGGGACAUCAUCUGAUGAAGUACAGUCACCUACGGGUGUUUGUCUUAGAAAUCGUAUACAUAGACGGAUCUCAAUGGAGGAUUUAAAUAAACGGUUAUCAUUGCCUGCAGAUAUCAGAAUACCUGAUGGGUAUCUUGAAAAGUUGCAGAUAAACAGUCCACCAUUUGAUCAACCAAUGAGCCGAAGGUCUCGUAGAGCUUCUUUAUCAGAAAUUGGGUUUGGAAAAAUGGAAACCUAUAUCAAAUUGGAAAAACUUGGAGAGGGUACAUAUGCAACAGUAUAUAAAGGAAGAAGUAAAUUGACAGAGAAUUUGGUGGCGUUAAAAGAGAUCCGGUUGGAACAUGAAGAAGGUGCACCCUGCACAGCUAUAAGAGAAGUUUCACUAUUAAAGGAUCUAAAACAUGCAAAUAUAGUAACCUUACAUGACAUUGUUCACACAGAUAAAUCUUUGACUCUGGUAUUUGAAUAUCUGGAUAAAGAUCUAAAACAGUACAUGGAUGACUGUGGAAACAUCAUGAGUAUGCACAAUGUAAAGCUGUUUUUGUACCAAAUUCUACGUGGUUUGGCAUAUUGCCACAGAAGAAAGGUAUUGCACCGAGACUUGAAACCACAGAACCUACUCAUUAAUGAAAAAGGAGAAUUAAAGCUAGCAGAUUUUGGGCUAGCCAGAGCCAAGUCAGUUCCCACAAAGACCUACUCAAAUGAAGUCGUCACACUGUGGUACCGGCCGCCUGAUGUGCUUCUUGGUUCCUCAGAGUACUCAACACAGAUUGACAUGUGGGGUGUUGGUUGCAUUUUCUUUGAAAUGGCUUCUGGAAGACCUCUAUUUCCAGGAUCAACUGUGGAAGAUGAACUGCACUUAAUUUUCCGACUGCUAGGAACACCAUCUCAGGAAACUUGGCCGGGUGUUUCUUCAAAUGAUGAGUUCAAGAACUACAACUUUCCAAAAUACAAACCACAGCCUCUCAUUAACCAUGCACCCAGGUUAGACUCUGAAGGAAUCGAGCUGAUAACAAAAUUUCUUCAGUAUGAAUCUAAGAAAAGGGUUUCAGCAGAAGAGGCCAUGAAGCAUGUGUACUUUCGAAGUCUGGGACCAAGAAUACAUACUUUACCUGAAAGUGUAUCAAUAUUCAGUUUGAAAGAGAUUCAGUUGCAAAAGGACCCGGGUUUUCGAAAUUCUUCUUAUCCAGAGACAGGACAUGGGAAGAACAGAAGACAGAGCAUGCUCUUUUAAGUCUGAUAACAUGGUUUCAAGCCCAGCCCCCAGCCUUUCUUAUCAAUCAAGGACUCAGAUCUGAAGGCAAUUAUUUCUUUUGGUGGACUUGGAAUCUCCGUUUGUCUACACUGUCCUCUUCACAGUGGAGUCUUUUUAUUUCAGACCUACAGAUUGUUUUUAUAUUUGUUGUCACAGUGUGACAAUUUUUUUGUACAGUUGGUUUUAAGGUCUUCUCUGCCAUUAGAGCCAGUAGGUUACAGCUAUUGAUGUAACUGUAGCUGCAAUUUUUGUGCAGGACUGAGAAACACAGUGCAUUAUUUAUUGCGGAAUCAUUGCUGCUAAAUAACUACUGUCUGUUUAUUUAACACAACAGUUAAAUGCCUGAAGAAGUUGCAGUGGCUUUAUUAGAUGUGAAUGCAUCUGUUUCUCCCCACGAAUUGUUUUACUGCUGCAUUUCUUGUUUGUUUUUAAAAUUAAACUGCAGUGUUUCCUGGAAUGUAAGUUUAGCUUUGCUUAACAGUAAAAUAAGUGAGCCAUCUUGAACACUCUAAGUUCAUGCUGUAUAAUCUUUCAUUGAACAUCAGCAAAUAGAGUAGCUAAAAAAUUGAUGAGUACAUCAUGUUUAGGAAAGCAUGUGAUGCAGAGGUUGAUUCAAGCAAGUGAAUACCUGACAUGGGGAUCUCACAUUAGAUACCAGUAAUUUAAAGCACCAAAAUUAUUUAUUUUUACCUUGCCUCAUUUUAGAAAUAUUUACUGCAUAUUAUUGGAUAUGUGUAUACUAAUACACUUACCUAUUUUACAUUGUGCUUUAAUUUAGUUAAAACUAAACCAUACAAGUCCAGUGAAAUAUGUGAGGUCUUGUUUUCAUUUUAAAUACAGUUCUUUUAUUAGAAAGGAUGAUAACUUUUGGGGGGAGCCAUUUAUUUCAUUUGGGGGCUGUCUAUAUGCGUGUGUUUUAAUAACAUUCACUUGGAAUCAGCUAAAAGCUGUAAUAUGUCUUUGAAAUGAGCCAUGAUAAAUACAAAUGACAGAAAGGAGAACUGAGGAUUGUUUUAAAGCAUUGUAGGUAUUAAUGUGUUUAUCAGAGAUAGUAAAUAUUACAGUUUCAAUUAUGCAUCUCUUUGAACAUCAUAAACACGCCUUGGUGUUGGUAAGUGUUUUAAGCAUUUGUGUUAACUUUUAAGGACUAUUUGUUUAGUGCAUCUUACAAACUACAAAUCUUAAUUGGUAUAUUUUGAAAUGGUCAUGUAAAUUUUUGGCUUAUAUAUCAUGAAAAUAAUCAUAACUUAAUUUUUUUCCUGAUAUUCACUGUAAAACAUUCAGGGGUCCUACCAUUUCUGUUCAGGAAAUCUUGUAGUUUAUUGUUAUUUAACAGUAUUAAGUGAAUUUUUGUAUAUUUCAUUUUAACUUUAUUUGUGAAUAGUGAUUGUGGCAUGUUUGGGUGUUAUUUUAAUAUUUCAUGAGACAGAAAUUUUAAUUUUUAAAAAAAAUUUUCUGGAAGAAACAGAUUCAUGUGUAAUGGUGAAUAUUGGACCACUACUGCUUUUCACAUUUGUAAAUUGGUUUUAUGUUAAACCCUGUAGCCUAACAAACUGCUGUUAUUUCUAACUGACAGACAUGUAUUAAUAUUGUACUUUGAAGGUUAUAAAUAUUAUGUGGAAAUUCCUCCAUUUUGUUUUGAAAUUUAUAAUAACAAGAUCUUCAUGUUGUUAAAAUGUGGUUUUGUUGAGUCACCGUUCUUUCUGGGGGAAGAAGGCUGUGCAGAAUGGGAUCAUUUUCCUUUAUGGGUUUCAUUUUUAAGAGAAUGAAGUCUCACUGUGUCAGUAAUGAUAUUUAAUUUAUAUUUGUGCUGGCCGUUCAUUUAGUAAUCUCUACCAUAAUUUUAUAGGAUAGCACCCUUCAAUUAUAAAGUUGUCACAUUUUUCAUUUUAUAGGUUACAAAAAUGUUUUGCAAAUUUUAUAUAUUUAUCCAUAAGUUUGAUAUUCUUGCAGAUAAAACAUGAAAAAAUAUAUCCAGUAGUUAUAUAAAAUUCUUCUUCCUAGGAAGUCCUAGGGAUGUUUCUUCAUUUUAUUAAGGAAUUUGGUAUUUUUUUUUGAUACUUGAGCACCACCAUUCAGAUCCUGAAAACUUUGCAAUGAAGAGAAUUGAAAUGUAGAGAUUUUGAACCUUGAACACUUAUGAUUCAUCUUAAACUGACAUGGUUUUAAAGGUAAGAGAGGAUGCGUUUUUGUUUUCCUUCCAAAUGAUGCUAUUAACACACAUUGAAUAUGUCACUCUAGGUGUGUAGAAGUCGUUCCAUUCUAUCUGGUGCUUUAUUAUAUUUGAAAGACUACUUGUUAACAUGUUAUAAUAAUUUGUCGUUUGGGCCCGGGACAAUUCAUGAGGUUGAGGCUGGUUUUUUUUGCUUCUGUUUUUACUAUUUUUUUUUUAUCUUGCCAUUUUUUUUUACCCAUUGUAAGUAUACAAUUUGGUGGCAUUGAUUAGAGUAUUGUACAGCAUUUACACUGUCUUUUUCCAUAAUUUUUCAUCUCUCCAAAUAGAAAUUCUAUACCCAUUAAGAACAACCACCCCAUUUCCCCCUCCCCACAGCCCCCCGUAACCUUUAAUGUGUAGGCAUAACUCAUUUUACUGCACUGCACUUUAUUGCGCUUUGCAGAUACUGUGUUUUUUUUAAUGAACUGAAGGUUUGUCGAAACCCUGCAUUGAGCAAGUCUGUGGGCGCCAUUUUUCCAACUGCACUUGCUCACUCCAUGUCUCUGUGCUACAUUUGGUAAUUCUUGUAAUAUUUCAAGUUUUAUUAUUAUAUUUAUUAUGGUGAUUUGCGAUUAGUGAUCCUUGAUAUUACCAUCGUAAUUGUUUUGGGGUGUCACAAAUCACACCCAUGUAAGACAGUGAACUUAAUAAAUGAUAAAUGUUGUGUGUUCCGACUGCUCCACCAACAGGCUGUUCCCCCAUCUCUCUCCCUCUCCUCAGGCUUCCCUAUUCCCUGAGACACAACAGUACAGAAAUUAGGACAAUUAAUUACCCUACAGUGGCCUCUAAGUGUUCAAGUGAAAGAAAAGUCACAUUUCUGAGUUUAAAUCAAAAGCUUUGAAAUGAUUUAAGCUUAAUCAGGAAGGCAUGUCAAAAGCCAGCAUAGGCUGAAAGCUAGGCCUCUUGGUCCAGGUAGCCAAGUUGUGAAUGCAAAGGAACAGCUCUUGAAGGACAUUAAUAGAGCUACUCCAGUGAACGCAUAAAUGAUAAGAAAGUGAAACAGCCUUAUUGCUGAUGUGGAGAAAGUUUUAUUGGUCUGGGUAGAAGAUCAAAUCAGCCACGGCAUUCCCUCAAACCAAAGCUUAAUCCAGAACAAAGUCCUAACUCUCUUCAAUUCUGUGAAGGCUGAAAAAGGUGAAGAAGCUGCAGAAGAACAAUUUGAAGCUAAGGGAGGUUGGUUCAUGAGGUUUAAGAAAAGAAGCUGUCUCCAUAACGUAAAAGUGCAAGAUGAAGCAGCAGGUGCCGAUGUAGAAGCGGCAGCAAGUUAUCCAGAAGAACUAGCAAGGUAAUUAAUGGGGGUGGCUGUGUUAAACAGAUUUUCAAUGUAGGCACAGCAGCCUUCUCUUGGAAGAAGAUGCCAUCUAGGACUCUCCUGGCUAAAAAGGACAAGUAGUAGUGCUUGGCUUCAAAGCUUCAAAAGAUAGGUUGACUCUCUUAUUAGAGACUAAUGCGGCUGAUGACUUUAAGUUGAAGCCGUGCUCAUUGACCAUACGGAAAACCAUAGGGCCCUUAAGAAUUAGGCUAAAUCUGUUCUCCCUAUGUUCUGUCAGUGGAACAACAGAGCCUGGAUGACAUCAUAUCUGUUUACAGCAUGAUCUGAAUAUUUUAAGCCUGUUUAGAAAAAAAUUUUUCAAGAUAUUCUUGUUCAUUGAAAAUGCACCUGGUCACCCAAGGGCUCUGAUGGAGAUAUACAACCAAGGUAAAUCUUGUUUUCUUGCCUCUUAACAUCAGUUCUGCAGCCCAUGGAUCAAGGAGUAAUUUGGGCUUUCAGGUCUUACUCCUUAAAAAUACAUUUUGUAAGUCUAUAGCUGCCAUAGAUAGUGACUCUGAUGGAUUUGGCCAAAAUAAAUGGAAAACCUUCUGGAAAAGAUUCACCAUUCUAGGUGUCAUUAAGAACAUGUGUGUGAUUCAUGGGAGGGGUCAAAAUAUCAACAGGAGUUUGGCAGAAGCUGAUUCCAAAACUUCAGUGGAGGAGGCAGCUGCAAAUGUGGAAAUAGCAAGACAACUAGAACUAGAAAUGGAGCCUGAAGAUGUGACUGAAUUGCUGCAGUUUCAUGAUAAAAUUUUAAUGAUGGGAAGUUACUUCUUGUGGAUGAACAAAGGAAGCGAUUUCUUGAGAUGGAAUAUACUCCUAGUGAAGAUGCUGUGAGGAUUGUUGAAAUGACACCGAAAGAUUUAGAAUAUCACAUAAACUUAGUUGAUAAAACAGUAUCAGGGUUUAAGAUGACUCCAGCUUUGACAGAAGUUCUGUGGGUAAAAUUCUAUCAAACGACAUGAAAAGAAGAGACCCCAUCGUUUCAGUAGACUCUGUUGUUGUCUUAUUUUAAGAAAUCGCCACAGUCUAAAAAAAGGGCAGGGAGGGGGGCACCUGGAUGGCACAGUCGGUUAAGUGUCCGACUUCAGCUCAGGUCAUGAUCUCACAGUCUGUGAGUUCAAGCCCUGCAUCGGGCUCUGUGCUGACAGCUCGGAGCCUGGAGCCUGCUUCAGAUUCUGUGUCUCCCUCUCUCUCUGCCCCUCCCCUACUCACGGUCUGUCUGUCUCUCUCUCAAAAAUAAAUAAAAAUUAAAAAAAAAAAAAAAGUCACCACAGUCUCCCCCCUGCCUUUAGCAACCACCACCCUGAUCAAUCAGGAGCCAUCAACAUUCGGGCAGGACCCUCCACUGGUGAAAUGACUAUGACACACUGAAAGUUCACUCAGAUGCUGGUUAGCAGUUUUUUAGCAAUAAAGUAUUUUUUAACAAAAGUCUAUGCACACUUUUUUUAGACAUAAUGCUAUUGUACAACUUAAUGGACUACAGUAUAGCAUAAACAUAAUUUUUUUUUUAAGUUUAUUUUGAGAGAGUGAGAUAGCGCACAAGCAGGGGAGGGGGCAGAGAGAGAAGGGGGGAGAGAGAGAGAGAGAAUCUGCACUGGUGAUGCAGAGCCCAAUGCGGGGCUCAAAUUCAUGAACCAUGGGAUCAUGACCUGAGCCAAAAUCAAGAGUCGGAGGCUUAACUGAGCCACCCAGGCGCCCCUAUACAUAAUUUUUAUAUGCACUGGGAAACCAAAAAAUUCACUUGAUGUACUUUAUUAUGGUAUUUGCUUUAUUACAACAGACUGGAACUGAACUUGCAGUAUCUCCAAGGUAUGCCUGUACUUUUCUUUUUUAUUUAUUAAGUAAUCUCUGCACUCAACAUGGGGCUCACACAACCCUGAGAUCAAGAGUUACAUGCCUUUCCACCCAUGGUAGGCCUGUACUUUUUGUGUCUGAAUUUGCCUUUGUAGAUAUUUCAUAUACAUUGAGUUAUACCACAUUCACCCUUUUGUGCCGUAUUUCAUUCACUUAAGAUGAUGUUUUCAAGUUUUAUCCAUGUUGUACCAUGUAUCAGAAUGUUAUUUCUCUUCAUAUCUGAAUAAUAUUCUGUGAAUAUGCAGCAUUUUGUUUAAACAUUCAUCUGUUGAUUUCACACUGACUUUACCCCAUUUUUUGGGCUUUUCUGAAUAAUGCUGUCCUGAGUAUGGGUGUACAAGCAUAUGUUUGGGUCCUUGUUUUCAUUUCUUUGAGCUUAAAUACCUAGGAGUGGGAAUUGUUGGGUCCUGCAUAAUCUGUAUUUACCUUUUUGAGGAACCAUCAAACAAUUUUCCAUGAUGACUGUACCAUUUUACAUUCCUAAUAGUAAUAUAUAAGAGUUCUAAUUGCUCAUUUUUACCAACACUUCUGUUCCUUUUUUAAACAAAUUAUUAUAUUCAUUAUAGUACGUAUGACUUGGUAUCUUAUUGUGCUUUUUUGAUUUGCAUUUCCCGAACGAGUAAGGAUGUUGCGCGUCUCUUCAUGUCCUUAUUGGCCAUUUGUAUAUUUGUUUUGGAGAAAACUCUAUUCAAGUCUAUUACCCAUUUUGAAAUUGUGUUGUUGAUGGUGGUGAGUUGGGUCAUAAAGCUGUGUAGUUCUUUAUAUAUUCUAGAUAUUAGACUCAUUAGAGAUAUGAUUAGCAGUUAUUUUCUUCUGUGGGUUUUUUACUUUCUUGAAAGCAUCCUUUUGAUACACAAGACUUUUUAUUUUUUUUAGAGUUCAUUUUUGAAAGAGAAUGUACUUGCACAAGCACGUGGGGGAGGGGCAGAGAGAGUCCCAAGCAGGCUUCUCGUCAGUGCAGAGCUCAAUGCAGGGCUUGAACCCACAAAGCAUGAGAUCAUGACCUGAGCUGAAAUCAAGAGUCAGAUGCCAAACUGACAGAGCUACCCAGGAAUCCCAGGACUUCUCAUUUUAAAGAAGUUCAGUGUAUUUUUUUUUUUUUUUUCUGCUCUUGGUGAUAUAUGUAAGACACUACUGCCAAAUUUAAGAUCAUGAAUAUUUUCCUCUGUUUUAAUAUUCUUAUAGUUUUAAUGCUUACAUUUAGGGCUUUGAGUUCAUUUUUGUAUGUAGUGUGAAGUUUGGAUCUAACUUCAUUCUUUUGCAUGUGAAUGUCUAGUUUUCCCUGCACUGUUUGUUAAAAAGACCAUCCUUUUCCCAUUAAAUGGUCUUGGCACCCUUGUUAAGUCAGUUGGCCAUAAAUGUGAGAGUUUAUUCUGUUUUACUGGUCUGUAUCUCUUUUGGCCAGUACCAGUGUUUUGAUUGAUUGUAGCUUUGUAAAUUUUGAAAUCAAGAAGUGAGUCCCCCAACUUUGUUCUUUUUUUUUCAAGGUUGUUUUGGCUAUUCAGGGUCCCUUGAAAUUCCAUAUAAAUUUUAGGAUGGGAUUUUUCUAUUUCUGAGGAAAUACGCCAUUGGGAUUGUGAUAGGAAUUGCAUUGAUUGACUCUGUAGAUUAAUUUGGGAGUUCUGUGAUCUUAAUAUUAAAUCUUUCCAUAAAUGCAGGAUGUCUUUAAUUUCUUUUAGCAAUGUUUUGUAGUUUUUCAGUAUAUAAGUCUUGUGCCUCCUUGAUGAAUUUUAUUCCUAAGUAUUCUAUUCUUUUUGAUGUUAUUAUAGACAGAAUUAUUUUCUUUUCUGAAUUUUUCAUUUGCUAGUGUGUAGAAAUACAAAUGAUUUUUGUUUUGUUGAUUUUGUGUCCUAUAAUUUUGCUGACGUUAUUAACUUUUUUUUGUGGGUUCUUUAAGGUUUUCUACAUGUAACACGAUGUCUUCUAUGAAUAGAGAUCCUGUAUAAUUUGGAUUUAUUUUUCUUGCCUAAUUAACUUUGGUUAGGACUUUCGGUACUGUGUUGAAGUAGAAUUGGCAACAGAGAGUAUCCUUGUUCUUUAUGUUAGGGGAAAACACUUUCAGUUACCAUUGAGUAUGAUAUUAGUUGCAGCUAAAAGAAAUGAUCAUUUGUUUUUUUUCCCUUCCUCAUCACCUACCCUAUCUUUCAAUGUAGAAUGAUUGGUAAACCUUAAGAUUUAAAAGAUGAGGGGACCACUUUUCAAACCCUUUCUCCUCCCCAACCCUCACCAAUUCAACCUCAAUAAUUGUUUCAUUAAAUAUCUCUUUGAAGCAGAUUAUAUAUACAAUAGCAUGUUUUGAUGUAUCAUAUUUGAGGCUAGAGGCCAGGACUUAUUUUUCAGCUCUUACCCAUAUAGAAAAGCAAAAUUUGGAUCGUUCCAAGUAAAUGGAAGUAAACCAACCCACUUGCCUCCUUGCACCUUUUAUCACAAAGUAUUUAUUGAACAAAAACAAUAGUAAAAUUGAUACAUAUAUGAAAGUGAAUGAAGAUAUGCACUCAUAGAAAAGGUGUGUACAAAGAAACCAACGUUUAGGUUAUAGUUCUAUAAAACCUUAGCUAUAGUAGUAGUUUAACACUGAUCAAGCAGACAAUAAAAAGGAAAAAGUUAUUUAAUAUGUUCUUUGAAAUCUAUUCUCUAAAAUAACUGUUAAAACACACACACACACACACACACACACACACACAGAAUGAGGCAGAGCUAUAAGAGUUACAUUUCAAUACCUCCAAUUCUCUAUUUGUGUCAUAGUUUUCUGAUCCAUAAAAAUUAUGGUGUUUUUCCGUUUCUAAUAAACAGCUAGAGUCCAUAGUAUUUCAAGGAAGGAAAUAUAGGAAUUGGGUUUAUAGUCAUUUGAAUAUUUCCAAUCAGCAUAUACACUUAAAAAUAUUUUUGGUUGAAGUUUUUGUACAUUGAUUAACUUUCUCUGUAAGAAUCUUCCAUUUGGGGGUAUGUUCUUCACUUAUCCGAUGAAUUGUUUUUAAUGUUCUAACAUAGAGCUUGGGGCCAGUAGUUAGUUACAGCCAGGAGUGGAAAAGCAUAACUGGACUGAGCACCAGUCACUGUUCUAUCUUAAAUGAGCUGUGUGGCCUCAGGCAGCUCCCAGUUGUUUGUGUAAUUGCCUUAUGUGGAGACAGUGGUGAGAAGCAUUCUCAAAGGCCCCCUCUACCUGUAGCAUUUCAUGUUGGGUACAUCUCAGUUCCCCAGACCAGCUCUUUUAUUUUAGUACAGAAUUUUCCUCAGCCUAUGAGGGAGUGACAGUAGUGUCUGUGGAUUUUGGAAUUUAUAUCCAGAGUUGUAUAUUGGAGAUGUACAGAGAUGCUUAAUUCCAAUUGAAAAAUCUCAAGAUUUUUAGAAAAUUGCAGAAAUGUGUUUUUACAAGCUUUAUUUUUUAUGCUUUUUCAUAAUCCUUGCCACUUAACACCUACUUUGGAGUCAGUUAUUUAGCCAUAUUUCAAAUUGGUUACUUAUAGUUCAGGAUGAUCUGAUCUUGAAUCGAAAGUGCCGGACACUUUCCAGUUCUCUCCACAUUAGAAUUUUCCUACCUCGUGUACAGAACAGUGCCUUAGAGUGGUGCCUGAUGUUUCUGUUAUUACUGCUCUAAACUGUGCUACACAAGAGAGUUAACUGCUGAGUGCUCCAAAUUGUUACUAAUUCAGUUCCAUAAUGAUGAGGUUCCUGAAGAGUUUUAUAUUUCUUGUAUCGUUUCCUUCAUUCUCCCCAUAACCUUAGUAAUAGAUAAAGCAAUGUAUUCUACCUCUCAGUUUCACAGGCAAGGCUAUGCCUAUACACAUGGAGAUACUUGGUGUUCUAAAAUUGUUGUCUGUGAGCCUCUUCCAAAGCAUAGGUGUUUUAAAUGUUAAUUAUGGUUGUAGGGGUUUACCCUAACUCAUAAUGGUACAGGAAAUAUAUCAGGGGUGUGAUUCUCUAGGGAAACUGGGAGAACCACAGCUGAUUUUUUGAAAUAAGAACAUGCUUACAUAGAUAUUUCAAGGCCAUGGGUAGAGUGAACUUGAUGUAGAUUUCCAUCUCCGGUUUAUGCUUGGGAGGAGUCUAAAAGAUUGUAAACAGCUAGGUGGCUAGCCUUUCAAAGUUCAUUUUUUAAAAAAUGCACUUUAGAACAUUUUCUUUUAUGAAUGUUUAUUUUCUAAAUAUGGCUUAGUUUAUUUUAUAAAAACAUUAACUUGGACAUUUACUGAAUUUCAGUUCAAAAGAGGUUCUAAGGCAAUUCUUAUACAAUUGAAAGCGAAAAGGAAAAAUAUG